AUGUCCAAGAAAGCAAAAAAGGUGCCAUCCCUGACUCCAGAGGAGAAAGAAAAGCGACACAUCAGGGCUAUUAUGAGAUUCAAAGCAAUUGUUAGGCUGGUAAUAGAGAAUCUUCCUUGGCUGCAAGAUACAGGAGAUUUCAAAAUCAGUGACAACGUCAUGAAGAAUAUUCAGUUACUGACCAGAAAAAAGGCGAAAACGAGUUCCCUAACCCUUCAAGAGAAGGCAAUUCUGAAUAAACGAAAAGAAGACCGUACAGAAGAGGAUAAACAAAUACUGAAUAGGGCCAUUGGCGGCUUAAAGUGCUUCAGAAGAUAUCCACCGUACGUCAAAGCGCAGCUUGCAGCAGUUACAUAUUUCUGCUUCAUUCCUCCCGGUAGACACAUCGUAAAGCAGGACCACAAAGCCCAUGCCAUGUACUUUAUGUUGUCUGGCGAGGCUGCAGUAACUGUUAGGCGUUUCGAUAAGGUCUUGAAUGAAACGGUAGAUCUGGAUUCCGGACUUAUUGAGCCAGGAACGAUGUUUGGGGAGGUUGCCCUUAUCCACGACAUUCAGAGACUUGCCACUAUCACCACCAUAACGCCUUGUGAAUUAUUGAUGAUAAAGAAAGAAGACUUUGAUAUAGUACUCAAAGACACAGUCAUGAAGGCUUGGGAGGAGAUACAGAGAAUUUUGAAUAAGUUUUCAUAUUUCAAGAACUGGGAUAACGUCGUGAGGAGGGAAUGCAGCAUCAUGUCUAGGACAAAGGUCUACUUACCUGAAGAAACCAUUCUGGGAGAUAGUUGCGGCUUGCCAGAUUACGUCUAUUUUAUAUCUAAGGGUUCUUGUUCGCUUAUAGAACACAUCAAGCUGAAAGUUUAUUCUGCCAAAGGAAUUAAAAAGUACCGAAUAUACAAACCCGAAAAAUCAGACAGUAGACUAGACCUAAGACGCGGUAAGAGUAGAAGUAAUCUGGGUAAGAGCCUGGCAAGUUCCUCAGAUCUCGUUAGAAAAAGUAAGCUGAGCUCAAAGCCCUCCAGUCUCAUCACGCCUAUUAGUUCGGAGUGUACUGCAGAGAAACCUAUGAAAAGUGAAUCCUACGUGAGCACUACUAAAAGUAAGAGUAUUUUGCGGACGGCUACUUACAGGCAAUAUGACACGUUUCCGUCGGUUACCAGCAAGAGCAAAGUUGCACUUAAUGUAGUGCCAACCGUAAAGGACGAGGGGCCCCUUUUUAGAUCGGCGUCUAAAUAUUUGUCAAGUUCAAGUAGUUGUAAAAUCAACACUGACCCUCCGGAUGUAGAAACCCAUUUUAUUAAGGUUUGUGAUAUGAUCGAAGGAGCUUGCUUCAAUAUAGGCGAAAAUUUCAUAAAUCGACGUGUCGUCGCGAAAAUUCCCACAAACUGUUUGUUAAUUCCAAGAUACUGGAUACUAAGAAACAACCAGGAUAAUAUCUGGAAUAAAGUUCAACAGUUCCUGAAUCAACAUAUCCCGAACACGGAGAAAAUAUUUCAGAAUUUCCUGCAAGAGCAGAAGUUCAUCAGGUACAGGAAGAGGUUAAUUAGAGACCUCUUGGCUGAGAAGAAGAUACCCAACAGCAAUUCAAUCCAUAAUGUCCCUUACAGUAUUCGUCUGAGGGAGGGUGUUGAUGUUGACUACCAGGGUAUAUAA